AUGAAAACCCUGAUUAUUCGAGAACUGGGCUGCAUCCUGAAGCCUUCGGUGAGGCCGUUGUGCGGGGUGAGACCCUUCAAAAGCCCCGCAACCCCUAGACAGCACCCACGUCGGCCAUUCCACGGCACCGCGAGGCGCAAUGUCGUUAAACCGUAUCUUCUGGCGGAUAUUGGGGAAGGUAUCACCGAAUGCCAGGUCAUACAAUGGUUCGUCCAGCCUGGCGCACGUGUCGAGCAAUUCGACAAGAUAUGCGAGGUCCAAUCCGAUAAGGCAUCAGUAGAAAUUACUUCCCGCUUCGACGGCGUGAUCAAGAAGCUGUACUACGAGGCAGAUGACAUGGCCAAAGUUGGGAAGCCUCUUGUGGAUAUAGAUAUACAGGGCGACAUAGCUCCGGAAGAUGAGGCUCUCACGAAGGUCUCAAGCGAACAGCCCAAGCAGGCGCCCGAACCGGAGCAACCUAGGACAGCACAAGAAACGAGCCAGAGUCCACCGGAGCCCGAAAGAGAUGCGGCGAAACCUGUCCAGCAAUCCCAAAAGCCGCGCAACGAACCGUCAGGAAAACAUGCCACUUUGGCCACGCCAGCAGUGCGGCAUCUUACUAAGGAGCUUGACCUCGACAUUGCGGAUAUAACAGGCACAGGAAAGGACGGACGGGUGCUAAAAGAGGAUGUCCAGAAGCACGCAUCAUCACUGAAGGAAGCUCCCGCACUCUCUCCUGCAGCGACAACAGAGCCGCAUGCGGAGGACAAGACAAUACCCCUGACCCCGAUUCAGGUCGGCAUGUACAAGGCCAUGACGCGCUCACUCUCAAUCCCACACUUUCUUUACACCGACAACGUAGACUUCACCUCGCUCAACACCGUCCGGCGGAAACUCAACCUCUCACACUCGGCCAACUCCGCGGCGCCCACACAAAAGCUCUCCAGCCUGCCCUUCAUCGUCAAAGCCGUCUCCCUCGCCCUGCAAUCCCACCCCAUCCUCAACGCCGCCUUCGAACCCCCCCGCAGCCCCUCAGAAAAGCCCCAACUAACCCUCAAAGCCUCCCACAACAUCGGCAUCGCAAUCGACACGCCCUCCGGGCUCCUCGUCCCUGUAGUCCGCGCCGUUCAGAACCACAGCAUCGCUUCUCUCGCCGCCGAAAUCGCGCGUCUAGCCGGCCUAGCGCGUGCCGGGAAACUGAGCACCGCCGACCUGUCCGGCGCGACGUUCACGGUCAGCAAUAUCGGGAGUAUUGGCGGCACGGCCGUCGCGCCGGUGAUUGUGAGCCCGCAGGUGGCGAUUCUGGGCGUCGGGAGGACGAGGACGGUGCCGGCGUUCGGGGAGACGGGAGAGCUGGUGAGGAGGGAGGAGUGUGUGUUUAGUUGGAGCGCAGAUCAUAGGGUUGUGGAUGGGGCGAUGGUGGCGAGAUGUGCAGAGAGUGUUAGGAGGUAUCUGGAGAAGGUAGAGGGGAUGCUUGUGAGGAUGAGAUAG